GUCUGAUCAUAAUAUACCAGUGCCAUCUUCCAUCCCCAGCAGCUCGACACUUCCGCAGGCAGAAUAUUUCUUCGGGUAUUCAACUAACCUCCACGCCCCUCGUCAAAGCAGGAGCAGAACACUAAGAGCCACCCCACCCCUCAGGCCAUCUUCCCAACCGUCAAGAUGACCAACCUCCGGAAGCACGUUCUUACCUUCUUCCUCUACAUUGCCGUGGCCAUCGUCAUGGCCGACACGGUUCCUUUCAACCACUUCGAAGUGAACCCGGGCCAGCUCAGCCCCUUCGGCCUCCUCCACGGCCCGGAGGCUGGCCCUCAGAACCGCGAGUGGCACAUGUUCGACUGUGCGCGCCCUUGCGGUGACCGCUGCCUGCGACCUGAGCAGCAGUGCUGCGAGGCCAAGAUGGGUCUCUACUGCGAGAACGGCCAGAACUGUCAUCCCCGGGGCUGCUGCCCUUCUGGCCAGCUCUGUGACCAGCUUCCCGGUGACUGCAUUGACGACGAGAGUCGACACAUGUGUGGGAGCCGUAAGUACCUUAUUUACACCUGUUCUGAGUUGGUUGGCUUUAGUUCUUGAUCUCUUCCUACCCCUUUUUAUCUUCACACAUGGGCCCUUAACCUUUUACCAACGGAAGAACCUUUACUUGAGUAAUGUGAUCGCUGAUUGGUUUGCUCAUCCAGGUUGCAUCCCUCGGGCCUUCGGAUGCUGCGACGAGGGGAAGGGAUACUUCUGCGGAGAAGGCUUCGCAUGCGGAAGUAACCAGUGCCUUCCAGUCCAUGCCAUUGGUACCAAUUCGACCUCGAACGCUUCGGCCACCACGGUCGUCGUAUGCCAGACGUU